UAUUUCAUUCUAGCACUGACUUUGGAGCUGUACGCUUGUUUUUAUAUUUUUGUAUUUUUAGUAUUAGCGUAAAACAAAAUUUCUAUCGUUUUACAAAUUUUAAGUAUCUAAAAGUAUCUAAUUGUUUCAACAAAAUUUCCAUCCACGUUCGGACGAAGUCACGCAACUGGGGACAGCUCCGACCAUGGCAGCAGCCAGAUCUGCUGCGGCUGCGCCCUAUCCGGCACCUGCUUCACAUCCACCCGCUGGCCAGCCAAAGAGGAAUAUUCUUCCUCGCGUCGCAGGACUCAGCCGUGGUCAGGCCCCCCCUCAAAAAGUGCAGAAAUUGACGCCACUGGCUUGGCCAGUACCCAACAAGAAGGCGUCGCCUCAUCCUCAGGAAUCGCCGAAUCCGGCGGACUACACUGAUGGACAUGAUGGUGAUGAUGAAAUGAUGGUGGACUCCAGCGAUAACUGGAGCAGAAGAAGCAAGAAGAAGGCGUCGCCUCAUCCUCAGGAAUCGCCGAAUCCGGCGGACUACACUGAUGGACAUGAUGGUGAUGAUGAAAUGAUGGUGGACUCCAGCGAUAACUGGAGCAGCUGGACGACUUCAUGCGAUAGCUUCACCUCUAUGCAGCCCUACAGCGAUAACUGGAGCAGCUGCAGCUGGAGCAGUACCUCUAUGCAGCCCUCUAUCGGCCGCUACUCGAACGCCAACGAGCUGUCAACGAUGUUGUCCUGCUUGAGCUCCGAUGCUACCGCAACGCCGUCGAUGGGGUCCUGCUUGAGCCUCAAUCGCACCGCAACGCCGUCGAUGAAGUCCUGCCUGAGUCCCCCUAGCCUCUCGGCCCAGUCGACGCACUCGAUGGUGACAUGCCUGACCUCCGAUGGCCACCCAACAGAAACGAAAAUGCCCGAAAACGGAAUUCCCGACAAUGGAUGGACUUCGCCGAUGGUUGCAGCCAUAUCCUCGCUGCCCAUUCCCCCACAGGUGUCAUGCGGCACGCAGACAGAGGAACCGCCAUCGACAAGUGCCCGUGGGCGUCGGUUCAAGGACAAGAAGUGGACGACACGUUUGGCCGGGGGACGGGCAAAGUCUUCCAGAAAGGUCAGAGCGGCACUGAAUGAAUGGACGCCGAUGGUGGAAAAGCUUCUGUUGACAGCCAUAUCCUCGCUGCCCAUUCCCCCACAGGUGCCAUGCGGCACCCAGGAAGAGGAACCGCCACCGAAGGUCAGAGCGGCACCGCGAGUGGACGAAUCAGAGUGGGGCAUGCUCAAGAAAAUCCUGGUGGCAACAGUGCAGGUAUUCCUGUUCGUCGGGAUGAGCAUUGCCUGUGCAUUCCGGAUGCGGAUUGCCCCUCGUUACGUGGCCAAGAUCUAUAAAUUUUAUGUGUUGUGAAGGUUGCAGACCAAAAAUACAAAAUUUAGAAUGUCUGGACAAAA